AUGGCUUCUCCGCGGCCAUUUUCUGCCCGACCUCUCGAUUUCAUCUAUUUCAUAUUUUUCAUGAUCCAUAUACCUGCUUCAUUGCUUGUUGAUUUUCAGGCUAUCUAUCCUUCGCACCUGGUCCCACGACUCAUACAGGUCAUCCCAACUUGGUAUGUGGGGAUGUCAGGAGAUCCUUUCAUUGGCGGUGCUAUGGGAUUCCUUGGGAAUAAAUCCGACUAUGUUUGGUUCAAGACCUUUCUCUAUUUGGAGGCCGCCUUCCAAUUUCCGGUCUUCAUACUUGGUCUGCGCGGAUUAUGGAAGGAAUCCCGUCUAAUCUAUGUCCUGCUCGUCAUAUACGGCGCUUCAACCAGUACCACGACUUUGGCUUGCUUGUCCGUUCUCAUGCAGACUCCUACCACCUCCCCUUCAACAAUUGCCGCAAAUGUGGUCUCCGUCUCGUCUACUCAGCGGAUGAUGCUUUUAUCAAGCUAUCUGCCAUUCUUCUUCCUCCCACUAGGCAUGACGGUGGACAUGGGACUGCGUAUUCAGAGUUUGGUUGUGUCGGGUCUCCGGGCGGACAAGGGUUCGAAGGCCCAGUGA